UGUGCAUCACAACCAAACUUUGCGACUGCUUUGUUUAUCCUUCUCUGUUAGUAUACGUUCUCUUGAAGAUUUAUCAACAGUGUUUAAUAUGCCAUCAACAGAAAUCUACGAGACUGAGGCACAGAUGUUUCUGUGUGAAGUUCCCAGGAAAGUGGAAAUAACUCUUGACAGUGAGUCCAUUCAUCCAAACUUCCGGGAUAUCCAGAAGAUGAAGAAGAAGAGUGACGCCCGCUCGGCGGAAUGGUCAGACUUUCUCUUUGCUCGAGAAUGCCAAGUAGAGUACGGAAAUGAGUCCCGCUGGUAUAAAGUUUUACAACACUUUCGACCACGCAAGUCUCUAUACAGCGGACUGAAAUUGUUCAAUGCUGAAAAGGUUAAAAUGACGGAAGCAUGCGUACAAACGGAUGACAGUUAUCUGUCCAGUCGGACACUCUUAAAAGAUGAAGUUAUGACGUCACUCCCAACAAAGCCUGACCAGCGGGGAGGUUUCUGGGGACGAGUUUUCUGUUGUUGCCGACAGUAGACCAAAAUAUGAAGUCAUAUUUUUCUGGACGCAAAAUAUUUAAAACGCCGUGAAGAAAGAUACCAAUUGACGAUGUGACGUAUCUACCGAGGCUGGUAGUUUUCUGUAGAAUGGUAUCUUAAUUACAAUUACUUGAAUUGGUCAAGAAAGAGCAUCUAGGGGUAAUAAAAUGAUAAUAGAGUUAUUGACGUCAAUUGAAAUUUAGUUUAGGUUUAUAUAAUGAGUAUUAAACGUGAAUUUUAAAUAUAUGAGUAUUUCAAGAUCAAAAUGUAAUGCAAAAUAUAUAUUUUCAUGUUAUUUUGGUGAAAGAAAAAAUAUUCCAAUCUUGUUUUCGUUUUUGCUCUGUGUAGACCUUUGUUAGUGCCGUGCUGCAGACGGAAGCAGGUUGAUUGUUUAUUAUAAAUCUUUGAGGAAACAGUGUUUAUUCUAUCGGUGUUAUAAUAUCAUGUUCAUUAUUUAGAAAUUUCUUAUUCUCCGUUAAAGGAAAAAAUAUGUAUCAACGGAUCAGAUUUAUGAAGGGCAAGAACAUUGCACAAUUAUGAAAAUGUGAUUUGGAAAUUUAAAAUAAAGGACAAUUUCUUGCUA